GGCAGAGAGGCAGCAGCUUCCGCAAAUCGGGGAUCUGCCUCUGGUGAAGAAGAUGCUUCCGGACACGUUCGACUGGAGACAACAGCCAACCGCUAUCCCGGACUCGACUUUUCAGAGAAGGAUGAGCAAAAUGGUUAUACUUGUUACUUGGAGGAUGGGCCGUACCGCGAUCCCGCAGAAGAACAAACUGGAUUCCGCCCAGAUCAGGAGCUGCCGUGGGGGUAUAGACGAACCGAAGCAGGCACUCUGAUGCGGUAUUGUUUGCUUGCUGGCAAAUGCAUUGAAGUCGCAGAUCCCGUUGCACCAGAUGAAAGCUCACACCUGAAAGAAGACAAGAGCCAAGACAUGGAGCCACUGGCUUUUGAGUAUCCUGGUCGACCACUUAUGUCAACGUACGCUACUCCGGUGGCCACGUCAGAUAGUGGAAUGUCUUUGAACUAUUCCGGCCGGCCUAGUACUUCGUCUAGUUCGCAGAAAAGUGAAAACGUUGGUCUGCCAGACGGAAGAAGGCGCUCUUCUACCGGAGGAGAACCGCGUCAGCCUGGCGCGCCGGCUGCGUCUUCUCAGAUUUCUCGCGCAGGCACAACAGCGAGUGCCGCGCACAGAGGUACUUAGAGUUAUUUUCGGACCUAUCGUCGCUUAUCUUUCAACCUGAGACGUUUUUCAAGCUUAGAAGUAGUCUCUCAUUAGGGUUUGGGGUUGUGGAUGAAAUUCGAACUGUUUCCUUCUCAAGGUAUCCAUUUUAUUUAUUCUGUCACAUGCUUGCGCGAUCUCUAUUAUAAGUCGUCUCUUACUGCUGAGUCCAUUUAUUUCAUUUGACUACAGCUACCGGAAAUCUUGCAAGCGACCCAGGGGCAGGUAUGCGCGAUCGUCUGGCAACACUGAGGGAGGGAGGUGGAACAGCAGGCGUUACUCAGGUGCUGAAAGCGUCGGAGAUGUUGAAGCGUAUGGUUGAAUCAGAUGAGAAAGCUGCCCGAGAGCAAACGACAACGACUGCUACGCGCAUUAUAUCGAGUGCAGAGGCAACCUCUCACGGAGUAGCAGGCGGUUCUCAGGAGAAAACAACAACAACAACAACAACAAGAGCGACAACAUCUGCAGCCGCGUUUAGUAUUGACGCAAAUGGUGAUCGCAAGACAUCUCAGCAGAAACUAGUCGCAGAGGACACCGGGCAGCCAACGCACCCUCAUGGGUCUAAUGAAGAACCGUCGGACAACAUCACAACUACCACGCUGUCAAUCGACGAGGAACUGCCAGAGGCUGGCUGCUCGCUGCGAGAACUCGCGAACGCAAUUGCAAGGCUUCGCGGAGAAAGUAUGACAUACCGCAACUCUAUCAAACUGCUGUCGAUCUUCUUCACAUUGAAUUUUAGUGGUGCCAAAGACCUUACGCUCGACAAGUCGUGCAUUCGGUUUUUCUCCAUCCAGGACCAGAGACUUCCUGUUAAGUCUAAUAGCAAGGGAAAGAAGACGAAGGCGAAAGCAAAAGCAAAAAGCAAAACCCAGGCAAAGAACCAGAAGAAACCUGCUGCACAGAAUCAGAACAGCACGACAGUAGAACAAGGCACUGCGCCUUCUCCUUCACUUCAAGCAGAUUCUACGAAAGCAGCGGACGCUAAUCCAACGGAGACAGCAACUCCUGGAGAACCAGUCGAGACUUCCUCUGCGUUUCUUGUGGGUGUUCCUAUCAUCGACUUGAAAGCACUCGCGGGCCGAACACUCGAUCAACUACUAGGAGAUAUUCAUCUGGAACGCCAACAAGAAGAAACAGGUCGUGCACGCAAGAAGGGGCAGAGGUCUUUAUCCAACAUCCUCGAAGUGGAACGACUCAUGCGUCUGAGGAGCUUGGCGCGAACAACGCGCCGCAGGGCAGCUGACGCGUCUCAUCAAGCUCUA